ACUCAAGACUCAAAAUGGCUACCAACACACCCCUGUUUGUCGCAGUCUCUUCAUCUGCUCGCCAGAUACUCCUACUCCUGCGCUGCAUCUCCUUCGCGAAGAAGGCCAAUGUCCGCAUCUCUCCAGAAGGUAUGCGUUUCAGCACUGAAGAAGGCAGUGUGAUGGAAGCGGUUGUUUUCCUUGAAAAGGCCCUGUUCACAUCAUACACCUACAACCCACCUCCGCCUCCCUCUUCGCAAGACGAACCAGCCGAUCCUCCCAUUUUCGAAGUCAAUCUUGCUGCCCUCCUCGAGACUCUCAACAUUUUCAGCAUCUCAGAUCCCAGCACAGCCAAGCGACCGGGCGAGUACGAGCAUUUCGCAGCCCAUCGUCUCAAUCGACAUGCGGGCAUCAAUGCAUUCUCCAAUCAAGCGCUUGGCGUGACAGGCAUUUGCACGUUCUCUUACGAUGGUGAAGGCAGCGCCUUGGGUAUUCACAUGUCAGAAGCAGGCGUGACCACUACAUGCGAUUUGACGACAUACGAGACUGAGACCACUGAAGAGAUUCCAUUUGGUCGCGACAGGGUGGUACUCAAGACGAUCAUGAGGUCGACGUACCUUCUCGAUGCCAUCGCUGAACUAAGCUCCAUGAGUCCGACCAACAUAUCCAUUCAAGCCAUUCCAGAUGCCCGCACUGGUGCAAGUCUGUCCCUCUCAGCUGGUGGCUCCUUGGGAUCGGCGACGAUCGACUUCACCACGCACACCGACUCCGACACGCCAGUACUGGAGACCUUUCAAUGCAGCUCGAGAACGAGCGCGAGCUUCAAGUUCAGCUUGUUCAAAGCCGCACAAAGAGCAAUGGCAGCGGCGUCCAAGGUGUCGAUGAGAUUGGACGAAGAAGGUGUGCUGAACAUGCAGUAUCUGAUUGAGGUGGACUCGGGCGGCGCGGGAGAUGGGGUCGCAUUUGUCGAUUUUCGCAUGGUGCCGCUGGUCGAUGGCGAGGAGGAUGGUUUGCGUGGUGAGGAA